AAAGGUUGCGAGUUUCUGCAUCACUUAACUAAACUUAGCUAAUGGGUUGCUUUAUAAAGACAUUAAAAAAAAAAAAAAGGAAACUCGUGCAUAUCAGCCGUGACAUCUAGCCAAAGAAAAUAAAAGAAGGAGAAGCAACUUUGAUUGAAUAAGAUGGCCUUGAAAACAAGUGCCUGGACACUAUCAUUGUUGCUUUUCUUCGCUUCUACCUUUCAAGCAUACUCUACUACAUUUGACAUCAAACAAUAUGGUGCCAAAGCUGAUGGAGAAACAGAUAUCAGUAAGGCUAUAUUAAGUGCUUGGAAAGUUGCAUGUACAGCACCGGGUGUAAGCAAAGUCUUAAUACCAAAAGGUACAUAUGCAUUACGUAAAUUAGAUAUCAUGGGUCCUUGCAAGGGUGCAAUGGUGCUCCAAGUCGAAGGAAUCUUACAGGCACCUGUAGAUGCAAACGAACUUCGUGGGGAUGGUUGGGUUAGUUUCAAUCACAUUGAUCAAUUUACAAUGUCUGGUGGUGGAACUUUUGAUGGACAAGGAGAACUCACAUGGAAGAAAUACAAUUGUAUGGAAAGAAACAAUUGUAAAGUUCUUCCCACCAGUUUAAGGUUCAACUUCAUCAACAAUGGCAUAGUCCAGGGUAUAACUUCUCUCAACAGCAAAAACUUUCAUGUCAAUGUCUUGGGGUGUAAGAACUUUACCUUCCAACAGUUUACAGUCUCUGCACCAGCAAUUAGCUUUAAUACAGAUGGAAUUCAUAUUGGACGUUCAAAUGGAGUUAACAUAAUUGAUACAAAGAUUAGCACCGGUGAUGAUUGUAUCUCUAUUGGUGACGGUAGCCAACAAAUUACAAUCACAGGAGUUACAUGUGGACCUGGACAUGGCAUUAGUAUAGGAAGUUUAGGAAAAUAUCCAAAUGAAGCACCCGUAUCCGGUGUUUUUGUUUCGAAGAGCACUCUCUCAAACACCGCUAAUGGUGUUAGGAUUAAAUCUUGGCCAGCAUUAUACGGCGGCAUUGCGUCUAAUAUUCAUUUUACAGAUAUUACCAUGAAUAACGUAGCCAAUCCUAUCCUAAUUGAUCAAAUGUAUUGCCCAUGGAACCGAUGCAACAACAAGGGUUCAUCAAAAGUUAAGAUCAGUAACGUUAGCUUCAAGGAUAUAAGGGGCACUACCACAACGCCUGUUGCUGUUCAACUCAUUUGUAGCAGAGGCAUUCCAUGUGAGAAUGUGAAACUCAUUAACAUUAACCUCAGAUAUAUUGGGAAUAAAGCUGCAUUAACAUCUGUAUGUUCCAAUGUUAAACCCAUGAUUAGCGGGAUCCUGCCAUCUGGAUGUUAACGUACAUGGAAGAGUUGCAUUUAAAUCCUUCUUUUAUUUUCUUCAUUAAUAUGUAUUAUUACGGCUGAGAUGUUCACUUGAUAUGUAUCUUGUUUCUUGUAAUAAGUAUAUAUAUAUAUUUAAUGAAAUUAUACUUAAUACGUUACUUCAA